CGAGGCGGGUGAAGGUGGAAAGCGCUGACCCCAGAACCGCCUCGAGACUUGGGCGCUGGGUCUGGUGCCUUAAAGGGGCUGCGAUGGAGUCGGAGUGGGACCCGCUGAGCGCGCUGGGGGCGGUGACCGCCGUGUGCCUGCUGCUGUGGGCGACGUGGGGGGUGGGCUGCACAGUCUACGUGUACCUGCUGCCCCCGGUGCGCCGGGGGGCCCCUUGGCUCAGGGCGCACGGAGCCUGGGCAGUGGUGACAGGAGCCACCAGUGGCAUCGGCAAGGCCUAUGCACACGAGCUCGCCCGGAGAGGUCUGAACGUCGUCCUCAUCAGUCGCAACCUGAGCAAGUUGGAGCAUGAGGCGAAGGAGAUAGAGCGGCUUCAUGGCAGGGGCACUCGAGUCAUCCAGGCGGACUUCACCGGUGGCUUGGAGAUCUACGCGGCCAUUAGGGCAGGACUGAGGGGCCUGGAGAUUGGAGUCCUGGUGAACAACGUGGGCAUGUUAUAUGAAAACACCCUGGUGAGGCUGCUGGACCGUGAGGACGUCGCCCAAAGACUCUCUGAUGUCAUAAACUGCAACAUCAUGUCUGUGGCCCAGAUGACCGCCAUUGUCCUGCCCCAGAUGGUCUCCAGGCGCAAAGGCAUCAUCAUUAACAUCUCCUCAUUUACCGACAAGAAGCCCUGUCCACUUCUGUCAGCGUACGCCGCUUCCAAGGCCUUUGUGCGAAACUUCUCGCAGGCAGUGGGCGCGGAGUACUGCUCCCAGGGAGUCAUCGUGCAGACGGUGAGCCCCUUCAUGAUCAAGUCAAAUAUGACCAGUGACUUAAAGUACUGGACACUGUUACUGAAUUCCGAAGACUUCGCUCGGCAGGCGCUGGACACCCUUGGCCUCGCCUCCCAGACCGCCGGCUGCUUCAACCAAGCUGUGCUGAACGCCCUGCUGGCCCUCCUCCUGCCCGGUUGGUUUCGUCUCAGUCGCUGGGGACCGAAGUGUUUACUUCGGUUGAGCAGUGCUAUGGCGAAGGCAAAGCCCGCCCAUAAACGGCCUUGAAGAGGCGCGGCCGCUUGCCUGCCACCCCCCCAUCCUGGGCCGGGGCUGUUGAUGUUAGCAAAGGUGUCCCACACGUGGGGAUGGAUGACAAGCAGGCCCACGGCUCAGAACUGCACACCGGAACACCUGGAUAUUUAGGGACAACUGUGGCAUCUCAAAUCUCUGACAGAAAGAUGGCAUUUUUAAUAUGUGCACUGAGACAACUAGACAGCCAUGGGGAUAUAUUGUGUGUGUGUGUGUGUGUGUGUAUCUGUAUAUAUAUAUACACUUAUACAUAUAUACACUGAGUGGCCAGAUUAUUAUGACCACCCCAUCAGUACUUCGUUGGGCCACCUUUUGCCUUCAGUACUGCGGCGAUUCUUCUUGGCAUUGACUCCACGAGAUGUUGAAAGGUGAUGCGAGGAAUCUGACACCAUGCCUGAUUAGUAGCACUGUCCAGUUCUGUGAGAUUUGAUGGUUGUGGAACCAGAUGCCUCAUGGCUCUUUUAACUUUGUCCCACAAAUGCUCAGUUGGAUUGAGAUCUGGUGACUGUGGGGGCCACCUAAGCAAGGUAAAGUCUCCCUCAUGUUCUUGAGACCACUCCUGCACAAUACGAGCACCGUGGCAUGGCGCAUUGUCUUGUUGGAAGAAGCCAUCUCCAUUGGGAUACGCCAUCAACAUGAUAGGAUGAACUUGAUCAGCAAUGAUGCUUAGGUAUGUUGUGCUAUUCAGACGUUUAUAAUGAUCUGGCCCUCGAGCAACUUCAGCGCGAAAUUAUAGCUAAUUUGCCUACAAACAUCAGGUGGUCAUAAUAAUCUGGCCACUCAGUGUAUAUGUAAAUGUACAUAUACCACUGAUUUUCAGUGUCUUUUAUCUCAUGGCACACAUAACCUAAUUAGUAAAAUUCUACAGCACAUCAAAAUAUAUAUUUUUUGCCAAUUUGAUUAAAAAAAAACAACUAGGCACAAUUUUGAUUCAUUCAUACUAAACAAGCUAUUGCUAUGUUGCCUGUUGUCAUUUUUUUCUUUGACAAUCAAAGGGAAAAGAGGUCAGUGCCCCUGACUAAAUAUUUUAAAAAUUCUUGCAACACACAGGUUGAAAAUCGCUGAUAUAUAUAUAUGUGUGUGUAUAUAUAAAUAAUUGUAGCAGUGGUGGUUGCAAAACUUUGUGAAUACUCUAAAAACCUGAAUUGUACACACUUACUAGUAAGGCUGAAUUUUAUGGUAUGUGAACUAUAUCUCAAUAAAAAUAAUUUUAAAAAUAGAGAUCCCCCAAGCAUGUGUGUG